UUUUAAUACUAUUUCGCCCGUUGAAUGCUCCUGUAAUCAAAAGUUAGAUGUUAAGGAAGUACCUUCUUAAAUUAGCUCAAAAUACAACGACUCUGCUAAUAUUGGGAUCGGGAAAAAAGACAUAGCAGAGACGAGGGACGAGGCAACGAGCUGCACCGGAUUAUUUAUCAAAACAUUGCUUUUUCUGCCAGCGAUGGGGACUGCUAUUGAUUCUGCAAACAAGGGAGAAAAUGGAAGCAGCACAACUACUAAAAAGGUUAAGGUUGUAUUUGUCCUAGGUGGCCCUGGAAGUGGUAAAGGCACACAGUGUGCAAAAAUUGUUGAACAUUUUGGAUACACCCAUCUAAGUGCUGGAGAUCUGCUUCGAGCAGAAAUCAAGUCUGGUUCAGAAAAUGGUACAAUGAUUCAGAACAUGAUCAAAGAAGGAAAAAUUGUGCCUUCUGAAGUAACUAUUGCUCUCCUCCAACGAGCUAUACAUGAAAAUGAGAACGACAAGUUUCUUAUUGAUGGAUUCCCUCGUAAUGAAGAAAAUCGAGAAGCUUUUGAGCGUGUUACUGGAACUCUGCCAGAAUUUGUCCUCUUCUUUGACUGUUCCGAAGAAGAGAUGGAGAGCCGCUUAUUAUGCCGGAAUCAGGGAAGAGAAGAUGACAAUAUAGAAACAAUAAGGAAGCGGUUUAAUGUCUACAUGGAGUCUAGUCUUCCUGUUAUCGAGUAUUACAAGUCAAAGGGGAAGGUUCAUAGGAUUGAUGCUGCCAAGCCAGUUGAUGAAGUUUUUGAAGCGGUUAAAGCUGUGUUUACUCCAUCUGGUGCAAAGGUUGCGGUUUAAGGAUUUGAUUUGUGUACCAAUUCAGUGUGGCAUUGCAUGAAGAAUUGGGAUUGGUUUUUGUUCUGUUAUGCUUAUAGAGAAAGUGAAAUAUAAGAUAAAGAUUUUGAUAUAUUUGAACCAUGUUGAAGUCUGACGAGGUUCGUACUUACCUCUUUGUUAUUUUGGUUUUUGUCAUUUCGGACAAUUCUAAGAAAUAAAAUGUUUUAUUAUCGCUAUAAACCUGUAAUGCAUUAUUUGUGUCAUCCACGCGCUAUAUUUGAUUUGAUUUGGACAUAUUUGAUCAUUAUCAUCAAUCAUUAUCUUUAAAUGGUUAAGGAAAAAUAAUUUGUUGGCGAGCUCUUUGUAUAAAUUUGGCCCCGGAUGAUUUCGAUAUAUCUUAC